UUUUCAAUAGAUGGUGCUGAAUGCGUCUUAAUGUUCUUAGCAUCUAGUAUGGCAUCUGGCAUUCUCAAAGUAUACAUUCACGCACGACGAGUAGCACAAGUGCUUCGGUGUAUACGUGGUGUACAAUUCCAGCUUCAGCUGCAGUUUCUUGCGUCUCGCAUUACACGGGAUUCUAGCAACUGAAACAUCUAAAGGGAAAGACAGAGAGAGAGAGACAAAGAGGAAAGAGAAAACGACAGCGCAUCCAAGUCUUGCUCGGCGAUGCCUCACCCAGAAUUGUCACGGGUGCCGUGGCGAUCAGUCACGUUGUUUCGACGGCUGUGGGGAUUCGCGAUGUAGCCCUCCUCCUCCUUCUUUCCCACCCUUCUCUACCAGUCCGAGGAAAACAUUCUCUCUCGCGUUGAUAUCGUUAGAAUAUCCCGAUCACAUCGAUGCGUCGUCACGCAACGUCGUCGACGGGAUCUCGCGCAACAACAGACCGUCGUGUCGAGUCACCUGCGACUACCUGCGUUCGUCUUCAUAAUUCUCAUCAUCGUCAUCUGCAAGAAGUGCCUUCUUUCGAUCAUCAGUCGGUCGCCCGAUCACACGGAAGGCUACAGCCGUAUAUGUUUCAUCUGUCCCGGCGAUGAAUGUAACGAUCUUACAUAUAUACAUCUUUACAUAAGCCUGCAUAUACACCUCGGAAUGUAUCAAUUAAUUACACAUACAAUAAAAAUGCAUCGCGAUUGCUGAAACGCAUCACGAGUGCAAGAAACAAACAAAAACCGUCGUCCGGGUGAUCUGGAUCAGACUGACAAACUUGGAUACAUAACCUAGAAGACAUAAUGUCCCAGUUAAAUAUCAGCACGGGUAAACGAGGCAGGGGGAUAGCGAGUACCUCCGCAUCGACGGUAUCUGCGUUGAGUAGUUCCACUGAUUUGGCAAGUCUCUUCGAGUGCCCCGUCUGUUUUGACUAUGUGCUUCCACCGAUUUUACAAUGUCAGAGUGGGCAUCUCGUUUGCACAAAUUGCCGACCAAAACUCUCAUGCUGCCCCACAUGCAGGGGUCCGCUAGGUAACAUCCGUAAUCUGGCUAUGGAAAAAGUAGCGAGUAAUGUGAUGUUUCCUUGUAAAUAUUCCACCAGUGGCUGCACAGUUUCAUUGGUGCAUACUGAGAAGGCAGAUCAUGAAGAUGCAUGCGAGUUCCGUCCAUACAGCUGUCCUUGCCCAGGUGCAUCUUGUAAAUGGCAGGGAUCGCUAGAACAAGUAAUGUCUCAUCUUAUGAUGAGUCACAAAAGUAUUACAACCUUACAAGGAGAAGACAUUGUUUUUUUGGCAACUGAUAUUAAUCUUCCUGGAGCUGUGGAUUGGGUAAUGAUGCAAUCCUGUUUUGGCCAUCACUUUAUGCUAGUGCUUGAGAAACAAGAGAAAUAUGAUGGACAUCAACAGUUCUUUGCAAUUGUACAAUUGAUUGGUUCAAGGAAGCAAGCAGAGAACUUUGCUUACAGAUUAGAAUUGAAUGGUCAUAGAAGGCGUCUCACGUGGGAAGCGAUGCCGCGCUCUAUUCACGAGGGGGUAUCGUCUGCGAUUUUAAAUUCUGACUGCCUUGUAUUUGACACCUCCAUUGCCCAAUUAUUUGCUGACAAUGGAAAUCUAGGAAUUAACGUUACAAUUUCUAUGGCCUGAGAAAAACCCGAAAAAACAGUAUAAAAAGAAGAGAAAACAUAAUUAUGCAGACAUAUCGAGCAGUCUUUUGGAUUAUGGGUAUGAUAAAAAUAUUUGGAUGAGACUGCCCGUUAUGCACUGUUAACAGUUCUUUUCAUGUUACCAGAUGAAUAUUAGCAAUACAAAGAUGUUAGGAAAUGUUUGGAAUAUGUUGAUGAUAUGCAGCGUUCAAAUGCUCAGUACAGGAUCGGGGUCGAAAAGCUUUAAAGUACACUUGUGCGUGAUAUUUAUGAAUGUGACACUCACAGAAACAAAUAUAAUAAACAUCUUUUCGAAAUAUCCAUGCUAUAACUUUAAAGCUUUGACGCAGUAUAAUAUCGAAUUCCGAAAAACAAAAGUACCUGAUAUCCGCGCUAUUGUCACAUUACUACUACUCAUUUUGUGUAUCAAUUUUUCAUUUAUACUUCUCCAGGAAUAUAUGCAUUAUUGCAUAUAUGCCUGUGUAUGUAUGCGUUAUUGAAUUCUAUUAACAUCUUUUUUGUCUGUAUUUUAACACUUUUUCAAGACUUGGUAUAGCAAAUGCAAAAACACUUUUUCAGGCAUAGCAUUUCAGAAGUUCAUUAUGAAUCUCGUCAUGCAAUUAUUGCGUUUAUUUGCCAUUAAUGUAUAUUUUUAUAUCGCUAUUUAUUUUUUCAUUUAUAAAGUUUACUUUCUUGUGUUUGUAAAAUUUUCAUUUAUUUUAUUUCAGUUAUUUUAUCGAAGCUCUUAUACAAAAUGUUUUAAACGUGGAGAUCAAUCGCUCGGGAGAUGAGGAGUUGGGAAUCCAAAAACAAGAGAAAAAAUUGGUAUGAACAUAGGUCUAGAAAUGAGUUAUUUUCGAGUUAUCACCAUUUUUAUGUUGAAAUUUCAAAUUGCUAUGCUUUCGAAUGUUUUUGUUAAAAGGAGAGAUGGUUUUUUUAUUUAUUUUUUGUACUUAUUUUUUUAAAUUUUAUUUAUAUUUUUUUAUUAUGAUUUUUUUUUAUUCUGGGUAGUAUUAAAACAACCCACAAUUUUUAUUUGACUUUGAUUAAUUAUAAAACUUAUAAAAACCAUUUCUUCCUUCAAUUUUGACAAAAAAAAUCGAAAGCAAAGCAAUUUGAAAUUUCAACAUAAAAAUGGCAAUAACUCGAAAAUAAUGUUCUGAACCUAUGUUUAUACCAACUUUUUUUUUUGUUUUUAGGUCUCUACCUCCCGAGCAAUUGACCUCCACUUUUGAAAUACUCUGUAUAUGUAUAUGCAUCUUGCAUAUAAUGUGAUAAAUCUGGCUUUUGCAUAGCAUAUUAUUUAAUUAUUCGAUAUUAUGAUUGUAGAUACAUAAUUAUGCUUUUUGGGAUUAUGCAAGCAGUAAAAGGCAGAUCAGUUUUUUACUAUUUAGUUUGAAUAUUAAAGCAAGACAUUAAUAUUUUUACAAUUACAUUAAUAAAAAGUGAGAAGCAAUAUUCAAUUACAGAAAAGUUCCUGUAAACAAGAUAAAAAAAAGAAACCAAAAGUAACUAAAGCAAUUAUAUUAAAAUUUAAAAGAUGUUUCUUUUUUCAACUUGAAUUUUAAUAUAUAUUGAGAUAUCUGCAAGUGUUAACAUUACUAUAUACUUAUUAGUAUGAAAUUAAACUGAUCUAUUGAUACAAGUGAGAGAAAAAAAAACAUUGCUUUGUACUAUAUCUAAUAUCUAUAUAUUGAAUUUAUUCUUAAUCGAUGAUAUUUUUUUAUAUAAAUUACAUUUUAAUGCUAUUAUAAAUAUAGCAAUCAAACCACACUAGAAUUUUCUUACAGUUUUAAAAAUCUUUUUUAUUGAUUCUUAUGAUUCAUGCUCUUUAAAAUACAUAAAAUGCCUUUUUUUCUGCUAUUAUGCAUAACAUUCAUAAAGUAAAAAAAAAAAACGAAA